AUGCCAACUCCUCAUCCCGAAAACGAUCUCAUCGAUAAAAAGGCCUCUGUUGAACAAAAUGAAUCUUGUGGAAAUGAAACAACCGCUAACUUUUCUAAAAGUAAUGCAGAUCCAAUUGUGUGUAAAGAAGAUGUGUGCAAUGAGGAUGGAGACUGCGGCGGUUCAAAAAUAGGAAUAGGAUAUUCAGGCGACAGUUAUUCCGCCAUUAACUGGUUCGCCUGGAACUGUUCUAGGAGAAACAAUCUUAAGGAAGAAUGUAAUGAUUUAAGUAGGAUGGAUGACUGUAAUGGCCGUGUGCCUAAAUUUAAAUCUUCGGAUAACUGUAAGGGCCAUGUGCCUACAUUUGAGACCCGUGAUCGUGAAGAUUUUGUGUCUGAACAAUUGAAAAAGAAUAGUUUUGGAAAAUUCCUCACAGAGGAAAUUCCAGAAUUUAUUCCAUCUCGAACAUGUAUGACAGAUUCAGAAAAGAGUGUCACUGAAGAUCACUUCAAUGGAGACUCAAGCAUCACUGCCUUAGAAGAUGAACAAAAAUCAGAAAGCUCAAAUGAAGAUCAAACAACAGAUGGUGAAAGUCUCGAAUUCUUGAGUGAAGAAACUCCGAAAACCUCAAGCGAGGAUCAGAAUACAAAUGAUGAAAGCUCCAAGUGUUCAAGUGUUGAAACAAUCGAAGACCAAGACUCAGAAAGUUCAAACGAAGAUCAAAGCUACUAUGAGUCAAGUUACGAAGCAAGUGAAGAGCAAAGCUCAAGCGAGGACAACACGUAUGAAAGUUCAUCCGAUUCAGACAGUGAUGAAGAAUACUCAGAAGAUUAA